GUUCAUGCCUCUGAACUUCCUGUCCUCCCUUGAAAUUCCUCCCCUGGCAGCGCCUGACAAACCUGGAACCGAUAGUCAACAUAUAUGUAAAAGUAUGACUAGCUAGCUAACCUUCUUAUCUGAACCAAAAUGGCAUCUUCUCCUUCACCCUCAUCCCAUGACCGCAGCAGACCCGAAGAUGAAAAAGAUCCAGUGGACCAGAUGAUCAGCAGGACUGGCUGCUCUGCACUGCACUAUGCAAUCCAGGAUUGCAUGGCAGAACACCAAGACUGGAGAAAGUGCCAGAAACAGGUUAAGGACUUUAAAGACUGCAUGAUGUCAUUCCAGAAUGCUCGUAAAGAGCAGCUGCUAAGGAAAAGACCUUCAGCCACUGAGUCAGCCUGAAAAAAGCAAAAAAAGGCCUCUGACAGUCUCCAGUUGGGACAUGGAUGAGACAUCAUAUUGUAAAGUCUCAAUGAAUAAAUCUUGGACAGUUCAGCAAUGAUAUUAUUUUAUUCUGUGUCCUCAAAUGGAACUACAGUUAUUCUCUAGAACAAUUCAGAUACCAGCUUGAAUGUUCUAUUGUUGUACCUCAUUAAAAAAAAAAAAACUUUUUAAAAUACUGUUUUAAUAACAGUAGCCCAAUAUAUUUGGUAAUGAGUUGCCUCACUUUUCAAAAAUAAAAUAUAGAUGAUAUACACACUGUUGUUGAGAACAUACAAUAGCUAAUAACCAAAUGAUGUCAGAGCUGCAUUGUUAACACUAAGAAAUAUUAUGUGUGGACCCUAAUGUGAGCUGGGAGAUGCAGGUUUUCUAUGGCCACAGAAAUAGAUAAAAUUAUAUAAAAAGAAGGACUGUCAAACAACAAGAGAGGGAGAGGAUCAGAGCAGCAGUAACCAAAGAGAAGAUCCACAUAACCUCAAAUUUCUAAAUAUCUUAAAAACUAUUCUGCCUAUGCUAUACUUGAGCAGGAAGAUUAACAUAGGUAAAUAGUUUGUGAUGGAGCAGAGUGUGUUUUCCUUGCAUUUGGAAGAAUCGAUAUAAUAAAGCAAUAAAAUGUACACCCUAGCAUGAGACCAGAAGUGCAGGUUUUCAUGUUUUUUGUGUUUUAACAGUAUCACCACUGUUAAAAAACAGCAUUUUUGAUCAAGUAGAGUCACUAACCAGGGCAGUGGCAUUUUUUUAACAGUGUAAUUGCACAACCUUGCUGUCUGGUUAUUACCCACUAUUUGCCAGCAGCAUCUAUGAUUAUUCAGUUUACUGUUUGUGGUACACACAUUCUGAAACGUGGGCCAGGGCUGGCAUAUUAGUUCAGACCUUUGGGCUCUGUUAGCACUGGUCAUUGUUCAGCACUGUGAAUGAAGGUUUUCAUUGAGGAUAAUUUUUGAUCAAGGUUUUUUAAAUGCUGAAGAACUGUUUUUUAGCAAAGCACUAGUCAAGUGAAUUCCUUUUCCAUCAGAUCAAUUGGCUUAGCUCAUAUAUAAGAGUGAGCUUCUUUUUAGAAUACAUCCCUUUUAAAUGUUUGAAAAGGCAGCCACUGUAAUUAAUGAAAAUAUUAAUAAAAAAAAGUUGUUUCAACUUA